UCCCGCUUUUCGAUAACAACACAACCUCACGAGAACUGCUGCUGUUGAGGGUUGCCACUUACCAGUUGCCGGUUGCCCGUUUAUAUUGUUCAUAUUUAUUUAUGUAGCACAUUUAUUUAUGUAUACAUUAUUUUAUUAAACUAAAAAAACCGAUAAAUAUGGAGACUAUGGAAGUAGAUUCUAGAUCAGAAAAUGAUACUGUCAGCGAAAAUGACCCAAUGGAAGGUUCUUCAGGUACAAAUGGAACAACUGAGCCAUCCAAAGAAAAAAGAAAAAGUGAUUUCAACAUGCCAUGGAUAGAAAAGUAUCGACCCAAAACAUUCAUGGACAUUGUUGGAAAUCAAGAGACUGUGUUACGACUAGAAAAAUUUUCCACUUGUGGAAAUGUACCUAACAUAAUUAUUGCUGGUCCUCCGGGUGUUGGCAAAACUACAACUAUAUUAGCUCUCGCACGGAUACUUUUGGGUAAAUCCUUUAAAGAAGGUGUACUUGAAUUAAAUGCAUCAAAUGACCGUGGGAUAGAUACUGUAAGAAACAAAAUCAAAAUGUUUGCACAGCAAAAGGUCACAUUGCCACCGGGAAGACAUAAAAUCAUUAUUUUAGAUGAAGCAGAUAGUAUGACUGAUGGAGCUCAACAAGCUCUUAGACGUACAAUGGAAUUGUGGAGUAAUACAACCAGAUUUGCUCUCGCCUGCAAUAACAGUGAUAAGAUUAUCGAAGCUAUUCAAUCACGUUGUGCUAUGUUGCGAUAUGGAAAACUUUCCGACCAAGAAAUAAUGACUCAAAUAGUAAAAGUUUGCCAAGCAGAAGAGGUUUCUUACAGCGCAGAUGGCUUGGAAGCUGUUGUAUUCACAGCUCAAGGAGAUAUGCGUCAGGCAUUGAAUAAUUUACAAUCUACUUGGAAUGGUUUUCGACAUGUCGAUAGCGCUAAUGUCUUUAAAGUUUGUGAUGAACCACAUCCAUUACUUGUCAAAGAAAUGUUACUGGAAUGUGUAGAUAAAAAUAUUUCCAAAGCAUAUAAAAUUAUGGCUCAUUUAUGGCGACUGGGAUACGCACCAGAAGAUAUCAUAACAAAUAUUUUUAGAGUAACCAAACAUUUAGAAAUUAAAGAGUCUUUAAAAUUAAAAUUUGUUCAGGAAAUUGGCAAGGUACAUAUAAGAAUUGUUGAAGGAAUGAAUUCAUUAUUACAGUUAUCGGGAUUAUUGGCCAAGUUAUGCACAGUUGCUUCUAAAUCAGAAAAUGAGAAUUAAAUACAAUUAUAAUUAUACCUUUUAGCAUAUAAGUGAUUUAAAAUUAAAUAAUAUUUUACUACUAGCCAACAUAAUUUUGAAUUAUUUAUUAAAAUAUGGUAUUUUAAAACCAUAAAAAUUUUGAAAAUCAAAUAUUAAACUUCCAAGUAUAAAUUGUUUAAUACUCUUAUCUGCAUUACAAACAUAUAUUUUAUAUUAAAUUAUCAUUUAUUUUUGCUGUUGUUUUUCCGUAGAAAAAAUUAAACCAUAUUAAAAUUGAAAAAAUAUACUAUUAUUUGCGUAAAGAGGUGUAAAGCUUCCCUUGGAUAUAAGCUAUUAUGUCCAAAAGCUUCAUACGAAUAUUUUGAUAAUUAAACUAAGAUAGUUUUGUAAAAAAAAUUAAAUGUCGUAUAUUCAUGUUAGAAAAAAUAUAAAAACAA